GAAUUUCAUUAGGGAAGAUGGGGCAAGGCGCAUCGCUCGCCCGCGUGAUCGCGAACGAUGUGCGCGAGAUGAUGGCGUCUACCAACAAAGAAGCGUACAUGAAACAAUAUAACGCGUACAAAGAAGCGUCCUCGCGCCUUGAAGCCGCGCGUGUCAAGAACGCUGCGCUGCAACAAAACCUCGAAAUGACCAAGGCCAACGUGUACAUGCAAGCCGACCUUUUUCGGCAACAGAAAGAAAAGCUCGACUAUCAGAUCGAAGAGUAUGCCAACAUGCACGCCAUCGACAGUGAAUUCUUCGACAAACACAAGCGUGUCGCCGAACACAUGAAGCAACAUGCCGCCAACGUCGCCAAGGAAGCACCACUCCCGUCACCGCCCACGAAUACCGAGAGUGACGGUGACGACGUUACCAAGAAGACUGCACCUCCGACCAGUACUUCGUCGUAAGGAUUUUGUUAACUUGUUCAUCCAUCCUACACAAUGUCAUCGCAGA